AUGUCAAUUCCAGAAGCUGGUAAAGUUAGCAAGGUGGAAGAGCAACUAGCAGAGAAGCCUCUGCUUCCUUCCAAAGAAAGUAAGGUCGGCGAAACGCCAUAUAUGGAUGGUGUCGGCACCGAGAUGGUCGAUGUCUAUGUCGGCCCUGGCAAAGCCCUCUUUCGGCUCUACAAAUCCAAAAUCUGCGCCCGAAUCCCUUACUUCGACAAGAUGUUCAACGGCAAUUUCAAAGAAGCUUCCUCCAACGUCGCACAUCUCCCCGAGGACGAACCCGAAGCCUUCGACUUGCUCGCAGAAUGGGCAAACCAUCCCAUACCAACGAAGAGCCCGAGACGGAUAAGGGAAUUGGUUACCGUCAAAGACGAGAAUGGCGAGGAGAUGGACAGCUGGGAUGCGAUUGGAUUCUACGGCUUGGCAGAGAAAUUCUGCUUGCCGGAGCUCCAGGACAUUAUCAUGGAUAUGCUGAUCAAAUACCACAAGAAAAAAAACGAGCUGCCAUCCGUCGAUUUCACAAAGCGAGCUCUGGAAGAGACUUCGGAAGGGUCACUGUUGACAGAUUAUUGCACGCGAGCUAUGCUUUAUGUGAUGGAGGAAGGACAGCAGGAUACAUGGAAGAUUGAAGAUGUGGCGGACUUAUUUCAGACACCGGACUUCACGAAGAGAUACCUCACGCUGCAGUGCGAGGAAGGUGCUACGGAUCCACGACAGCUCGGGAAAUGCGAUUUCCAUGCUCAUAAGGAUGGUUUACCGUGUGCCGCACUACCCAACAACAAGAAGAGGAUUGCCCCUGAAAGCGAGAAGGCGGAUCAAGUGAAGCGGCUCCGGGUUGAAACGCCAGAAUCGGUCGAGCGUUAG